UCGCUUUUAGAACACAAGAGUGGUCGGAUUUGUUAUUCGCGAGGAAAGAGAGAGGGAGGGAGUACGAGGGUUUUGGCUUGCAAUAGGGGGUUUUUUUCAGGGGAAACUGCGGGUUUCUGUUAUUGGAUGAUCUGUGUUGUCCAUCUCUCCCACACCUCGAUCUGAGCCGUCCAUCGUCGUGAUACCAAGAUCCGGCCAUUGAUUCCGCGAUCUGAGGGUAUUCGCGCGUGAUGGACUGCUGAUGUUGCUCGGCUGGGGUUUGAAGGAAGCGGCAAUGGCUUCUUCUUUGAUCUUGCACUGAUCUGUGAAAUUGUACUGGUUUAUGAUUCAGUGUUGGAGCUUGAACUUGGACUGCCUGAAUAGUACUGCUAAACUAUCUCCUCUCCUUCCCUUGUGAAGGAAGCCAUGGCUUCCCCAAUGUAGCCAUCCAAAGUUCUUCAGCCCCUAUUGUGAUUGUUGAAAACAAACACCAGGAGCUCUGCAUCAGUCAUUUCACACCCUGUUUCUCUCCUUCAUGUUCAUCUCCACAACUCAUCUUCCUCUCUUCGAAGCAGGGUCGUCGACCUCUCAGUUCGGCACCAGCUCAAGAGAGAGACGGUACACAACUGCUAUCCUUUCUCUAGCACAGAAGCCCACAGCGCUGCAUCUCCUCUUCCAUGUCUCCUAAUCUUGAUAGCCCUGUGCAAACCCAAAUGGCUGUUGCAGUGUUUAGCACCCCUCUCAGUAGAGAAUACCAUGGCAACCGUGCCUCCAUGGAAGGGAAGCCAGCAGGGAGGAGGCGUGUUUUUGUACAAACCGACACAGGAAGUGUUUUGGGUAUCGAAUUAGACAGAGGAGACAAUGCCCAUACAGUGAAGAGGAAGAUGCAGCUAGCCCUUAAUGUUCCUACUGAGGAGAGCUCGCUCACAUUUGGGGAUCUUGUUUUGAAGAAUGAUCUCUCUGUAGUGAGAAAAGACUACCCAUUAAGGCUGACAAGGAAUGUUUUACACAGGAGCUCCUCGACCCCAUGCCUUUCUCCCACUAGCAAGGACCUUCAGCAAAGAGACCAAAGUGGCCCAAUCGAGAUAUUGGGUUGCUCAAGCCAAUGCUCUAGGACCAAGCAGCUGGUUAAGGACGUGGUGAAGGCCAUCAAGGGUGGUAUAGAUCCAUUACCUGUUCAUAGUGGGCUUGGUGGGGCUUACUAUUUUCGAAACCUGAGAGGUGAGAGCAUGGCGAUAGUGAAGCCCAGUGACGAGGAGCCGUUUGCUCCCAAUAACCCGAAAGGUUUUGUGGGUAAGGCUCUAGGGCAGCCGGGGUUGAAGCGUUCGGUUAGGGUUGGUGAAACUGGGUUUAGAGAGGUGGCUGCUUACCUUUUGGACUAUGACCAUUUUGCUAAUGUGCCCCCAACUGUUCUUGUGAAGAUUACCCACUCCGUCUUUCACGUGAAUGAAGGGGUUAGCACUCACAAGCCCCUACAAGUUAGGAAAUCUGUGAGCAAGAUUGCAUCUUUCCAACAAUAUAUACCCCAUGAUUUUGAUGCUAGUGACCAUGGAACUUCGAGCUUCCCUGUUGCAGCUGUACAUAGGAUUGGGAUAUUAGAUGUUAGGAUUCUUAACACUGAUAGGCAUGCAGGGAACCUAUUGGUUAGAAAGCUCGAUAACAAUACUUUUGGGAGGUUUGAUAGAGUGGAGCUCAUCCCUAUAGACCAUGGCCUUUGCUUGCCUGAAAGCUUAGAGGACCCGUAUUUUGAGUGGCUUCAUUGGCCCCAAGCUUCAAUCCCCUUCUCUGAUGAUGAGCUCGAGUACAUAGCAAACUUGGAUCCCUUUAGGGAUUCGGAUAUGCUUCGACUUGAGUUACCCAUGAUCAGAGAGGCUUGUCUUAGGGUUCUGGUUCUAUGCACCUUGUUUCUCAAGGAAGCAGCAGCUUUUGGGCUUUGUUUGGCUGAGAUUGGAGAGAUGAUGAGUAGAGAAUUUACUGGGAUGGAAGAGGAGCCAAGCGAGCUUGAGCUUGUGUGCAUUGAGGCCAGGAGGCUCGUGGUGGAGGGUCAGGAAAUACUUAAUCAUGGGGUGGAUGCAAGCGAAGAUGAAGAAGAAGAAGAGUACUCCCCUGUGCAGUUUCAGUUUGAUAUUGACUGCGAGGAGGAUGGCUGCUUCAGUGCUUCGACCCCUCCCAAGCUGGAGGGCCUAACCAUCAAUGCCUCAAGUUAUGGGCCUGUGUAUCUCUCUAAUGGUAACAAAUCACCAAAAUGUUUACCCAUCUCUAAUGGGAACAAGCCUUGGCUGAACCAUGGGAAUUUUAACUUGGGUUUACAUUGCAAGCCACCAUGUUCACCAUCAAGCUUUGUUUCUCCAAGAGGUGGUCGUAACCCGCUGUCAAGGCUUGACGAGAGCAUGAAUGAGGAAGACAGUGAAGGCGAAGAGUAUCAAGAGGAGAGAGAAAUCAGGGUUCAACCAAAUGAGAAAGGAAGUGGUUUCGAGUCCAAGCUCUCGGCUUCUUUGAGGAGCAUGAGUUUUCAUGAUAAGAACCAGAGGCAUGUUGGGCCAAAGGGUGAGGUUGGCGGAAACAGGAGAAGUGCGGAAGAGCAAGGUGCUGGACCGGCAGCUAGCUUUGUAAAGCUUUCAGACAUGGAUGAGGAAGAAUGGGGGGCUUUCCUUCGCCAUUUUCGAGAGCUCCUUCAUGGUGUUUUCCCUGACCGAAAGGGUCGAACCUUGGGUCAGAGGCAGAGGCUCGGAACUUCUUGCCAGUUUUGAGAGAGACUGAAGCCAAAUCUUAGUGAGAGUUUGUCACAGGUCUUUGGAGUUAGGUUGCUCGCUCAAUGGGUGUAUAGAAAUAAGGUUGGUUGUGGCUUGAAGGGAGGCUUGUGUAACUUCGUAGUUGUUGAUGUAGGUUUUAGGAGUGGCUUUUCCUCUCUCUACCUCAGGAAUAGUGGUAGUGAUGUUUGAUGAUGGGAGUCGAUCGAUGUUGGCAUGUAAAUAUUUUUCAGACUGGGCCAACAAGUGGGCUUUCAGUAUCAACUUUGAGAUGCAGUGAGAUAGGUAUAUUCUUGUGUUCUUUUGUAACUUCUGCCACUCGUUUAUCUGUUUCCUAAUUUUCUUUAUUUUGGUUGUAGUAGUUGUGCUCUAGUCUGUUUUACUUACUUUUCAAUCACAUGAUAGAGAGAAAUAUAUACAGACA